AACGUCACUAAUCACUCGAGAUGUGAAAUACAAUGAAUGGGCAAUUGAAAUGGCUCAAUCCAUGCAUAACAAGUUUAUCAAUCAUAGUUCUUCACGUGGAUUGAGGAUGUUCUGGAAGAUUUCCAUUGAUGGCUCGAGACCAGUUGUGAGAUCUGAAGGAAAUUUGGAUCCGUAUGAUGGUUAUGUUACUUAUAGACUUUUACAAUUGGUCAACCAGCAAUUAAAAGAAGGAAAGAAUGUGGAUGGAAGUGUUUUGAAUAGAGAAAUUGAAGAAAUGAAGGGAAUGGUGAUGGGAAAGUAUUUAAUGUAUCAGAGUUCGGAUCCUCUGGAUUUGGGAGAAACUCUUUGGUUGACCAGUUGGUUUCCUGAUGAAGAUUGGGCGAAUCAUAUGAGAAAAGUUGCCAUUUCUAAUAUUGAAGAGAUAUUCGAAAGCACGAUUAAGAGUACUAGAAGAAGAUUAGGUUUCAGAGACUUUGGUGUUUCGAUUGGAUUGCAAACUAUUCCAGAAAAUGAAAAAGAUGGAGAAACUAGACGAAUUGUUGAGAAUAUUCACUCUCUAUGGAAAGAUCAUCUAUUCGAAAGAGAUCAUGACAUAACUCCGGUCAUGUACUGUUCAUCUCUUUUACCUGGCGUCUUCAAUCCCAACUUUCUAUAUUAG